AUGGCACCAAAAGUUGUUUCACCCUUUGAAGAAUUUAUUCCUUGGGCGAUAAGACCGUUAGCAAAGAGAUUAUUACGUUCAAGCAAAAAAACCAAAGCGACGACAAAUACUACGACAAGAGAAAGUUUCUUAUCAAACCCAUUUCUCAAAUUCUUUUCUCCUUCAACAACAACGAAGGAUAAUUCUUCCUUUAACCUCAAUGUUACAAAGGAAUUUUAUAAAUUUUCCAAACUUGAAGACAUCUCCGUCGAAUACCUUUUGUUAAUUUGCAAAGAUUUUACCCCUUAUGAACUAAUUUCUCUCGCUGGUACUUGCAAGCGGUUGAGAGAAUUACUCAUGUCUGACGACGCUUCUGUACAAUCGAUAUGGCGAAACUCAAGACUCCAACACAUGCGUUACCUUCAAUUACCGCCUCCAUAUCUCCUUACUGAACAAGAAUAUAUCGGAUUAACAAUGAUGGAACGAGGUUGUCAAUUUUGUGGAAAAAGAAAAAAUUGGGUCCGCGUAUACUGGCGAUAUCAAGUGCGCUCAUGUUAUGAAUGUUAUAAACCAAGAUUCGUAAGUGGUAAGGCUCCGCAAAACAAAAAUAGUACUCCCGAAACUACUACAUAUUUGGCCGACUUAAAGAAUCGGGAGGCCGCCGAUCGAAAACAACUUCGAGUAACGAUUUCGCAAAGAAAGAAAAGAUUGACCGAUAUUUUACACGAAUUGGAAUCCGAAACAAUCGAAGAAGAAGGUUGUGAAAACCUUCGUUUGUUCAAAUACGAUCCAAAACUUUUGAGGCAAUGUCCUUCAUACAACGCGGAAUGGCGUUUAUACGAUCAACCAUUUACGAAUGGAGACGAAUCAAAAUUGAGAAAAUUAAUGGAAAAUGAAUACAGGGUCUUGGUCGAAAAAUUGUAUUAUCAAUCACAGGAAUCACAGGAAUUACAAGAAUCACAAUAA